UUUUUGCAUUUACUUACUUCAUAGACGGAAACAGACCGGUCUUUUGGGCGCAUGCGUGGCUGUAUGAUGCAAAACGUGGUUGAGAACUGAAAUCGAAAAUAACAAAGUUUAGGCGACUAAACCAAAAUUUGAGGCUAGGCUAUUGAAACUACAAAAACAACCAUGGCAGAUACAGAAAACAGUCCACCUGCAGAUGAUGUUGACAUGAAGGCUGGUGGUGAUGCAGAAACCAACAACAAAUCACCAAAUGGUGAAGUGAAAGUAGAAAUCAAAGAUGAACCAGAACCUGAACCAGAGGUAUUAGGUCCACCCAAUGGUCUGGAAAAGAAAAUUAUUAAACAGAUGGAGUAUUAUUUUGGAGAUGUUAAUCUACCAAGAGACAGAUAUUUACAAGAACAGAUCAAGUUAGACAAUGACGGAUGGGUUGCACUUGCAGUUUUCACACGAUUCAACAGAUUAAAGGUUUUAACAACAAAUCAUAAUAUCAUUGCCAAGGCUAUUAGGAAAGCUUCAUCAGGUCUCAUUAGUAUCAGUAAAGAUGGAGUGUUUGUACGAAGGAACCCUGACAUGGCAGUACCAGAGAACACAGAGGAAUGGAGAGAUGAUUUCAAUGCAAGGACAGCAUAUGUUAAAGGAUUCCCAUUGAAAGUCAGUCUGGACAAAUUAAUUAUAUUUUUCGACAAGCUUGGCGCUGGAGAUGUAGACACAGUAUUUAUGAGACGAAAUCCAAACCGAGAAUUCAAGGGAUCAGUUUAUGUGACCUUCCACACAACAGAGGGUAUGGAAAAAUUUAUGAAUUUAGGGGAAAUUAAAUAUGAAGACAAAGUGUUAGAAAAGAAAACAAAAAUGGAUUAUUUCAAAGAAAAAGAGGAAGAGAAAAAGAAAAAGAAGUUAGAACAACUGAGGAAGAAAAAAGAAGAACAAAAGAAGAGAGAAGAAGAAGAAAGACAGCGGGUGAUCGAUGCAAUGCAAGUUGGAUCUGUACUUUGUGUGGAGAACAUUACAGCAAUAGACACAGAAAGGGAGGCAAUCAAAAAUUAUUUCUCAGACUUUGCCCCCGUGGCGUGGGUGGACUUUGAUACAGGUGACACAAAGGCUUGUGUCAGGUUUGAAGAGGCAGGAAAGGCAGAGGAUGUUUUAGAAAAAGCCAAGGCAGCGAACGAAGAUAAAAUUGUCAUUAAUAAUUGUGAAGUGGAAGUUCGAGUUUUAGAAGGUGAAGAAGAAAUAGUCCAUUGGAGAAAAAUUUUACGAGAUCAAGAUGAAAAAAAGAAGAAAAGUAGUAGUAAAAGGAAAGGGCGAGAUCAUAGAGACAGAGGACCAAGGAGUAAAAGAAGUCGAGACGAUGAUGCUGGUGAUAAUGAUAAGAGUGGAGGAGACGAUGAUCAUGAUGAUGAUGACGACGAUGGAGAUGAAUAAAAGACAGAUUUUAAAUAUUGUAAAAUUGUAUAUUUAUCAUGAACAGCAAAAGAAGACGACAAAAGACUUCUAUUUUAAAUGGAGAUUCAGUGUUCUCAACAUUCAAAUCUCAUUUUUAAUCAUGCAGUACAGUCAUUAUUGUUGUUGUAUGUGUUAUUUUUAAAACAAUGGCAGAAAUGACCAUGGAAACCAUUAUUUAAUGUAGGAACCACAGUUGAAAAGACAUGUUGUUACCAUGGUGAUCAUGCAUAGUAACCAAACACAAAUGAAUUUUUUAUGAAGAUUUUGUAUUAUGUAAUGUUCAAUUGUAUUUCAUAUUCAUUAGAAAGAAUCCAUUCUGUCUGUAUUUUUUUUAAGACUAAUGAGGAAACAAGCAGUGUUUAGAUAGCAAUCAUGACCAUGUAGAUUUGUUACAAAGGGCACUUUUAUGUUCAUUUUAAUCGAGAGCAUGGUAUAUUCAUGCCAUCUUUUAUAUGCUUAAACAUGGCAACUGCAAUGCUAUAAAGUACGUAGGAACAGGACAUCUGGUUUUUUCAGUAAAUUUUGCUUAAAUGUUUGAAAUUUUAUCUUUCCAAAGACAAGUUUAUCAAUAUAUAACUGUUAUCUUUUACUUGUAAACUUGUUUUAUUGUAAAAGAGUUAUUUUAAUGUUCUUCAUAGCUUUGAAUUCUGUUGAUAUAAGAUUUCUUUUUUGAAAUGUUACCUUAAAGAUUUCUAUCUUGAAAUGUUACCUUAAAGGAAAAAAAUAUGUAGACUUGUAAUAGGGAUACAUAAUGUGGUUUUAUCUUGUUAAACUGUAAGGCAUAUAAGAUGUAACAUUUGAGUCUGUUUUAUCUGUCAGAGUGGAAUAGAUCACAGAGAUGAUCUGUCACAUUCUAACAUACCAUCUUGUAAAUAUAAAAUCAUUCUCAGUCAGACA